AUGCAGCCUACUCAAGAUGUCGCCCUGAAGCCAAACAGGACCAAGCAACGGCUCACCAACACAUGGCGGCCGAACAGCACCGCCUCUCGGUUCCAACCUCGUUCGUCCGACCCGUCCAUCGCGCAACAUCGGACGAAGUUCACGGCUUUCAGAAUGCGGACAACCAUCACCGCUAGCGACAGUUCCGACAAGAGCUCGCUAUUCAACCUGAAUAUCGAUGUUCUGGCCUGCGUAAUCGAUUCGCUUCACCAACCGGACCUUCGUCAUAUGGCUCUGACGUGCCACGUAGUUUACGACCUUUGCAGGCCGUACUUCUACAAGUGUAUCAAAAUAAAAGGCAUGCCAAAGGCUAUCGCCUUCGCAGAGUUCUUGGAAACUGAAGAAGGGAUGAAAUGGCAUCCCACCAUACGCUCGCUCGUGUUCGAUAUUCAAAAUGCCGUGAGCGCGCUGCAUGCGACAGGAACCUUUGACAGCUCAAUACACCGAGCUAAAUUCAUAUUAUGCACGCGGAAGCUACUCAACAUUCUGACCGGCGCACGAUUCUUGACUCACCUCGAGAUCCUCGAUCAUGGGGAAUGUUUGGCCCAGGACCCUCGCCUUAUGGACAUCAUCGUCAGCAUGCCGCACCUAACAGAGUUCGCGGUAGCUCGGAGUGAUUACGGAACUUGCCUUUUGAGAAGAAUGAAGCAACCUCUCUCCUCUUUACAUAUCGCCAAACCUCGUAAUCCGCUCUUGGAACUUUCGCACCCUGCAUUGGACUAUCCGUCUCAUAGUCUGGCCGACGUAUCACAGUUCUCGUACUCUCUCGAGUCCAUGGAGCUUGAAGAGUCGUAUCUAUCUCGUAUAUCUGUGGCCGGCGUCUUUCCUCGGUUGAAGAGUUUGGAUUUGUCAUUCAUUGAAGGCGCACCUCAGGACAUCGUCAAAUGGUCACAUAUCCGCAAGACGUUCCCUGAAAUACGGUACAUCACGUACCUCAUGGUCCCUGGCACCGCAAUCCCAGAAGAAUAUAUGCACGACUCGUCUACUCAUCUCAUGGCAAACUCUGCGGGCGACGCAACCCCCGUCUUAGUCAUACGAACCGAUGACAGGGGGUUGAGGCGAAUCGAGCGGAUCAGAUACGUUCGUGAACUGUUCCUCAAGGGGAAUAUCAGUCACCUACACAGUCCCGAUCCCUCGCAUUUGACUCGGUGCAUCGCAGACCUCUCCCCGCUUCUACUUUCCAUAGAAGAUGCUAGACCUUGGGGUCUUCGUCACUGGCUGGCCGAAUUGAUGGGAGAGGCCUACUCGCUGAGAGCGGUUUUUUUCGGAAUUCCCGCAAUGCCAGGCCAAAACGUGGGGCAAUUCGUCCGUCUCCAGAAAGAGCGUCUGUCGAUCUUAGCGGACCUUCUUCGUGGUAUGCCUAUCACCGGCAUGAACCUGAGAGUGCACCAACUCGGAUGGAACGCCGCAGAGAAAGCGGUGAGAUUUCCGGGGUAUGACGCUUUUGAGUCCUUUGCAUUGCGCCUGUUCAGGGCAAUACCCUGUCUCGAGCAUUUUAAUAUGUACAUCAUCGGAAUGGAGGGUCACCAGCCCAUUUCGUGGGCGACGAAAAUCCGGGGCUCCCAGUUGGCUAUCCGCCGUGUCACGGAGGAGGAAGGCCACACAUGGAGCAGAGAGCGGCUUCGCGAGUUCUCUGACUGGGCACAGGAGCCCAGGCAGGUGGAACUGAUCCUUGAUCCCAAUCGAAGUCUCGGACGCGAAGCCACUGCUCGAAUUCUCCGGGCCAUGCGGAGCGGCUAG